UGCAAACCUUUUAGACACAUGCGCUGCGUACCAGCACGCUUGCAUUGGUGUGCCACUACCACCUCUGCACAUUUUUAAAAGCCAUUACACUUUCCCACACUGCACAACACCUCACUCACUCACACUCACAGCAGGUUCAGCUCAGAGCCCCAGACACCCACCCACCACCGCGCAGCUGAGCAGAGCAGAGACCAGACCAGAGCAGAGCGCAGCCAUCAGCCAUGAGCAAGGGGGAGAAGCACCACCACCGGCACGAGCACCACCUGCGCCGCUGCUGCGGCUGCAUGGCGUCGUGCCUGCUGGCGCUGGUCCUCGUGGUGGCCUUCGUCGCGCUGGUCGUCUACCUCGCGCUGCGCCCCUCCAAGCCGUCCUUCUACCUGCAGGACCUGCAGCUCCGCCGGCCCAUCAGCGUCGGCGACCCGUCCCUCUCGGCGUCCGCGCAGGUGACGCUCGCCUCCCGCAACCCCAACGACCGCGUCGGCAUCCUCUACAAGCGCCUCGACGUCUUCGUCACCUACCGCGACGAGCCCGUCACGGCGCCGGUGUCCCUCCCGCCGCAGUACCAGGGCCACCGCGACGUCACCGUCUGGUCCCCCGUGCUGGCGGCCCAGGCCGUGCCCGUGGCCGGGUACGUCGCCGACGCCAUGAAGCAGGACGUCGCUGCCGGGUUCGUCGCGCUGCAGGUCAAGGUCGACGGCCGGAUCAAGUGGAAGGUCGGGAGCUGGGUCUCCGGGAGCUACCACCUCUUCGUCAGCUGCCCAGCCGUGCUCUCCGCCGGGUACCCCGCCGGCGGAUUCGGAGGCUCCAACGCCACCGUGUCGGCGCUCAAGUUCGCGCAGCCCACGGGGUGCAGCGUCGAGGUGUAGGCCCGCCGGCCGGUGAAUGUAUGUAGCGCGCGGGUACCCUGUCAACGUGGUGCUCUCUGUUAGUUUUCUUCGGGUUACAUCGUUACUUAAGCUGUUAAUUUUUGUUAAUGUCGUCUCAUAUUCAGAUCUUGUGGGAGAAUAAAUUGAUGUUAUAUAUAGACAUGUGUAGUCAUUCCGAAA